AUGGGGGCCGUGGACAGUCGGUGGGCCCUGCGCAGACCACCCAGCCUCUUGCUGCUGCCACCCCUCUGCCUACUGUGUCUCGGGGCCUCAGUGCCUGUGUCGAAGCCUCAGGUGCGGCUGAGCGAGCCGUCCCCCGUGGAGGGGACAUCGGUGGUGGCCACGUGCACAGUGCGGGAGGGCACGGAGCCCAUGACCUUUGCCUGGAAGCAUCAGGCACCCAGAGGCCACGGGGAGGCCCCGCUGGGGGUCAGGGAGCGAGUGCUCCUGCUGGACCCAGUCAACCGGACACACCUGGGCUGGUACGUGUGCAGCGCCCACAACGCCGUCAACCAGCUGAGCAGCGACGGGGCCUUCCUGGACGUCAUCUACGGUCCGGACAAGCCUGUGAUCACCAUGGAGCCGCCGGGCUUCACCGAGGAGGGUUUCUGGGCCAGCGAGAAGGAAGAAGUGACUCUGAGCUGCCUGGCUGCGUCCAACCCCCCUAGUCACUAUGUGUGGCUCCGGGACCACACGCAGGUCCACACCGGGCCUACCUACACCAUCGCCAGCGCCAGCCGCGCCCACACUGGCCUGUACACCUGCCUGGCCCACAACAGCCGCCUGGACACCCGCACGCAGACUGCCAUCCAGCUCAGCAUCUACUAUCCCCCUGAGGGGCAGCCCUCCUGUGCAGUGCUCCCCGCCCCCGGGGCUGUGACUUUGGUCUGCGCCUGGCCUGGGGGGCUUCCAGCUGCCCAGCUGCAGUGGGAAGGGCCCCAGGGAACAGGCCCUGCCGCCCUCAGCAAUGUCACCUGGAGUCACGCAGCCACCCAGCUGCCCAACGGCAGCGUCUUCACCUGCACCGGCCAGCACCCCGCCCUGGCGUUGCCCGCCCCCUGCAGGACCACGCUGUGUGCCAGAGAAGCCCCACAGCUGGCAGUGGCUACGGCCCGGGUGUCGGUGCUGGAGGGGGAAGAAGCCUGGCUGCGGUGUGUCCUCCUGGGGGGCACACCACCUGCCCACCUCCUCUGGCUGGGACCCCAGCGGCAGCUCUUGGAACCGGGCGAUUCCGGAUUCAUGCUGCACCCCGAGGGCUCCCAGCUCCACCUUAGCAUCCGCGGUGCAGACCCAGCUCGCCACGGGGGCACCUACCAGUGUGUGGCUCGCAACGCCGUGGGCAACAGCAGUGGCAGCAUCCUGCUGGAGGUCCUCCCGGACCCGCCCUUCAGCGCCUACCCAGCUGUGCUGGGCGCAGCGGGCACAGGCAUGAUGGUGGCGACGGUGGCCUCUCUGCUGGUGUUCCAGUACGCGGCCCGGCACCCGGAGGCCUUCCCCUGCACUGAAACGCCACCUGCCACCCCAGCUUCGGAUCCGGCGCAGGAGUCCAUGGAUGCGCCAGUGAACGUCACCAUCACAGUGACCGCAACACCUUGA